UUCAUAACAAUCCCAUCAAGGUAAUGUUCCUUCGAACAGUUUAUGGCUAUUCAUUUCCAACAUUACUUUUAAUUGCCUUUUUCUUGAUUAUCGAUUUAUCACACUCCCAUUCCAUUUAUUACUUUGCUUAAUUAAACUCAAGUUAAGCCCAAUUUUGCCCUAAUAAUACUUGAAUUUUCUAGCUUUUUAACUAAUAUAUGAAUCUGGGUUUUAUUAGAUCAAGUCCCGUCGGCUUUCUACGGGGUUUGUCUGGAUUGGAUUUUCAUAUGACCCUCUCCUUCCCUAGACUAAGCCUGUGAGCCUCACAAGUAUUAAUGGGAUAUGGUUUUCAUUCAUAGACUCUAAUAUGAAGUUGCAUCAUUGGCCCAAAAGUUCUGUAAUUGCUGCUACAAAGAAUGAGAAUUUUUUGAGAAGUUCAAAGAAUUAUUCCCAGGAUGUUUCCCAAAAGAUGCCAUAUCUAGAGGAAUCAAUAUCAACACUUCUCAGUAGAAGAUGGGCAUUAGAAAACCCUGAUACCAAAGUGCACGAGAUCACAAUAACAAAGAUGCAAACAAUGGCAAAGAAUGGAAUCUUUGAUAAUGUGAACUUUUCAAUGUAUGCUUAUCCGAAUUUGGGUGAUGCUAUGAUGGAUGAAAGAGGCAAAGAUCCUUCGUUUUAUAUCGUGAGAGACGACUUGUUGCACCCGUUUGUCAAUGGAAACAAAGCACGGAAAUUGGACGCUUUACUUCCUAUGAUCGAAGAUUACUCGGGCACUGAUGUGGUUACCUGUGGAGGAUGUCAAAGUGCACAUGCUGCUGCUGUGGCUGUCUCAUGUGCAGAAAGAGGCCUUAGAUCACACUUGCUUCUUCGAGGUGAAGAGCCAGAGAUUCUAACUGGAUACAACCUAGUCUCAUCCCUUUAUGGAAAUGUGAUUUACGUGCCCAGAUCAGUGUACGCCAAGAGGGAAGAAAUGCUUCUUGGGCAUUCAAAUCUUAUCGCUGGUCCCAGUGGUUCCGCAGUGUGGUUCACUGACAUUCUUGAUAGUUUCACUGAUACACCCAGUCCAAAGAAAUGCACUCGAAAAGCCGCCAACAAAAUUUCGGAGGGUGUUGGGAAAGUCGUGAUAGUUAAGGAAGGUGCUGGGGAUGCUGUGGCAUUGUUAGGGAUUAUUCGCCAAGUGAAAUUCUUGUCGCAGAGUCAUAUACUCGGGAAAAAGAGACCGUAUAACUUUGUGAUUGAUGCAGGUACCGGUACGACAUCAAUCGGUUUUGCCCUUGGAGCCUUAUUAUUUGGGCUACCCUGGAAGGUAACUGCAAUAAUGCUGGCUGAUACCUUUGACGGGUACAAAGCUCAGGAGAAUCGUUUGAUUUCAGAUUUUAUGAGAUACUUUUGUAUAUCAUCUGAUCUUAGCAAUUAUGCAUCGAGAAAAGACCUCGUCCAUUGGGUGAAGCGUGAAACUCCGAGAAAAUUUGGCAAUGUAUUGGAGGGAGAAAUUAAGGCAUGUCAACAAGUUGCUAACCAAACAGGAGUUCUGAUAGAUCCAAUAUACACAUUGGCAGCAUGGGAACAAGCUGUUCACUUAAGCCAGAAGCAACAAGACGACGUAUCAAAGGUCAUAAUGCUUCAUACAGGGGGUACACUCGGGAUGUUUGGACUAGCCCAACGAUACAAAUCUUACUUCAGUACGCUCAAAGAUGGAACUCCCAAAUGAUUUCUCUCGGAUUUAUGAUGAACGAAAGAAAAACCGAUACAGACAUUGCAAGACGACCCUAGAAUGACGCGACAUGUCUCGCGUAUUCGACCCCAUGUUUGCUCUUCAAUGUGCUUUUUAUGCUUACAUUAACAUAGCUUUAGAUUGAUUUUGACAGUAGUCAUUCAUGCUAAGAGUGACAAACUGACAGUUCAUUACCAGAAAUUCAUUUGAAUUUUGUAUAGGAAAAUGCAGGUCUUUCUGGAUUUUCUGUAGAGCCCCAAUGUGAGUAUGAAAGACCAGUGGAUUCAAUUAUUGCUGUGGUUUCAUUCCUUGUAAAUAUAGAUGCUAUUUCAAUUAUAAAAAUAUGUGCAGUUGCGGUAUGUGUUAUAUAGACAUAGGAGUGGCCAUGUUGACAAACAUGCGGCGCAGACGCUGGGCGGACCAGCGUGCUCAUGGCUUUCCAACCGUCAUAAUAGGCCAAAGACGUGCUACAAUCAUCAUUUUGUGGAAUUGUGUGGCCAGUGGGUAUGACUUGCUAAAGUGCUACAAUCAUCAUAUUAUAGUCCGCCAAACCCAUAUAUUUGUGCCUUGUCGUGAUCUAUUGUUUGAGGGUAAUCGGCAGAAUACGUUUCCGUAAAUGUCCCACCAUGGCCAGAUUCUCUCGUCGUAAAUUUCUUUUGUCUAUUCAUACAACAAUAACAAUGUUAGAGUCUUAAUCUCAAAAGAUUAGGAUCGACUACUUAAUGUACAAAAUUUUCAUAUUUUGAGACUCGUUUUCUGCGUAGAUCCUUAUUUAACGUUUUUCUGAGCACCCAUCGAAAUCGACCUUGAUAGAUAUACUUGAUGGUGGAUCACCAUUCACCACAAUUCUAAGGGAGUAUAUGACAU